CAAAAACGUCGUGGAGUUCCCAGAGUCAAACGCGUCUCGACACUCAUAGCGAAAUGAUCUGUGUUGAAACUGACCAUUUUUCUAUUAAUCGAAUUCUUCUGCUAGUAGUUGGCUUAUGGCCCUAUCAGCGAUCAAAACUUGUCCGACUCCAGACUAUCAUAAUUUUUGCCAUACUGAUGAGUUUUCUAAUAUUUCAGACUACAGUAUUUCUAACAGCAGAAUUCACUUCAGAUCUUUUCAUCAAUGUUUUGACCACCGCAUUAUUAUUCUGUACUUUUUCGGUUAAUUUUCUUUCGUUCUGGUUUAAUAUCCGAACUAUAAAGUGUUUACUGGAAAAACUGCAGAAAAUCUGUAAUGAGUUAAAGGACGAGAAUGAAAUUGCAAUUAUAAAAAGAUACGGUUAUCAAGCGAAACGUAUUACUGCUUCUAUUAUACUGAUAUGUGUGUUCAUUGAAGUCGGUCUUCUUGGCCACUUAAUUUGGCCUCGCUUUCUUGGCAUUUUUUUGUUUCUGAACGAAUCUUGGCCUCGUCGCAAAACUUUCAUCUUGACGGAGUAUUUUGUCGAUCAAGAAAAGUAUUCUAAUUUAAUCUGGUUGCAUAUGAACACAGCAAUUUGCAUAGGAGCGUUUGCAGCGUUUGCAACUGGAACGCUGCUUCUGGUGUUUCUUAAAUAUGCCUGUGGAAUGUUUAGUAUCGCCAGUUAUCGAAUAGAACAAGCAAUUACAAACAAGAAGCGCGAAAAUGAUGAUCUAAAGGACCAGAAUGUGAUUUUUAAGAAGAUAAUCUAUGCGGUAGACAUUCAUCGUAACGCUAUGCAAUACUCCGAUUUUUUAAUAUCCAGCUUUGAGGGGACUUUCUUUCUUCUCAUUACGUUCGGCGUGGUUUGCUUGAGUCUUAAUCUUUUUCGAACUUUUCAGCUUGCAUUAUCCGGAAGUGAUAAAUUUGAACUUUUAUCACGUUUUGUAUGCACAGUUUUUAUUCUUUUAUACAUGUUCUUAGCCAAUGCAAUCGGACAGGAAAUUACAGAUCACAAUGAUCAAGUAUAUUUUACAGCAUACAAAGUUAUAUGGUACACCACGCCCUUACACGUGCAGAAACUAAUAUUAUUUCUGAUACAAAGAGGUAACAAAACUUUCGGAUUGAAUGUGGGUGGAUUAUUUGUUGCAUCCUUAGAGUGCUUUGCAACGUUGAUAAGUGCAUCACUGUCUUACUUUACCGUGAUGUAUUCUACGCAACAGUGA